GGCUGGAUACUGGGAGAGCCGGAAGUGAUCCGGACGGACUCGUCGCAGGUUCGAAGCUGAGACUGGAGCCGGAAGCGGAGCGCGGACACCGGGGACUCAGCAGCUACUCACCGUUCCCUCUGACCGGAGCCGCAGUCGUCGUGGACGUUGGAGUGACGCAGCCUCUCUGAAGAUGUGGAAGGCCUCAGCAGGACAGAACGUCACAGUGCCGCUCGAUGACGGAGGCGAUGACUGGGAGACCGACCCAGACUUUGAGAAUGACGUGUCGGAGAAGGAGCAGCGCUGGGGCGCCAAGACGGUGGCCGGCUCGGGACACCAGGAGCACAUCAAUAUCCACCAGCUGCGUGAGACGGUGUCCACAGAACACACCAGCCUGAGGCAGAAGGAGCAGGACAAGGAGCCCAAGGCCUCGCACGGCUACGGGGGGAAGUUCGGAGUGCAGCAGGACCGCAUGGACAAGUCCGCUGUGGGACACGACUACCAGAGCAAGUUGUCCAAGCACUGCUCCCAGACGGACACGUCCAAGGGCUUCGGGGGGAAGUUUGGCGUUCUGGACGACCGCGUGGACAAGUCGGCGGUCGGGUUCGAGUACGCCGGGAAGACGGAGAAACACGCCUCUCAGACAGACUACUCCACCGGGUUCGGGGGCCGAUACGGCGUGCAGGCGGAUCGGGUCGACCAGAGCGCGAUGGGGUUCGAUUACCAGGGGAAGACAGAGAAGCACGAGUCCCAGAAAGACUACACGAAAGGCUUCGGAGGAAAGUUUGGCAUCGAGACCGACAAGGUGGACAAAAGCGCCAUGGGCUUCGAGUACCAGGGCAAAACGGAGAAGCACGAGUCGCAGAAAGAUUAUGUGAAGGGCUUUGGGGGAAAGUUCGGUGUCCAGACCGACAGACAGGAUAAAUCCGCUCUGGGAUGGGACCAUCAGGAGAAACUGCAGCUCCACGAGUCUCAGAAAGACUAUAAGCGUGGGUUUGGAGGGCACUAUGGGGUGGAGGAGAGGCGGGACCAGUGUGCCCUCGGCUAUGAGCACAAGGAGAGCCUGGCCCAGCACGAGUCCCAGAAAGAUUACUCCAAAGGCUUCGGAGGGAAGUUUGGAGUCCAGAACGACCGCAUGGACAAGAGCGCGGGGACGUUUGAAGUCGUGGACAAGCCGACAUCAUCUUAUCAGAAAACCAAACCUGUGGAGGCCGUCGGCAGCGGCACAGGAAGCAUCAAGGCUCGCUUCGAGAACAUCGCCAAGCAGAAGGAGGAGGAGGACAGGAAGAGGACGGAGGAGGAGCGGGCGCGUCGACAGGCCAAAGAGAAGCAGGAGCAGGAGGAGGCGCGCCGCAAAAUCCAAGAGACGCCCAAAGCUCCGUCUCCUGCGCCUGCUGCGAGUCCCAGCCCCGCCCCCAGCCCCACCCCACCCGUCCAGCCCAGCCCCACCCCCAGCCCCACCCCACCCGUCCAGCCCACUGCAGCACCUGCACCACACGUGAGUCCCGAUGCAGCUGAGGAGAACGGAGAUCAGCUGUACGAGGCCGAGCCGCAGAGUCAGGCCGACCAGCAGGAGGAGCUGUACCUGACUCCUGAUGAUGCCAAGGCCGCAGACACGCAGCAGGACGAGUACAGCGAGGACGUCGGGGUGACGGCGGUCGCUCUGUACGAUUACCAAGCAGCCGGCGAGGACGAGAUCUCCUUCGACCCGGACGACAUCAUCACCAACAUCGAGAUGAUCGACGAGGGCUGGUGGAGGGGCGUGUGCAGAGGCUCCUACGGCCUGUUCCCGGCCAACUACGUGGAGGUUCGGCAAUGAUGACCCCCCCCCGCCCCCCCCACAAGAGGACCCGUCUCCUCCUGCAGGAGAAGAGGAAGGAGACUGUUUAAAAUCCCUGUUUUGUUUUUUGUCCUUUUCACUCUUUCCUCUGUUCACAUCAUCUGAUGCUUCGACGCUGUGUGAGACGUCCUCAGGUCUCCUGUCCGCCUUCCUUUACCCCCCCCCCCCCACACACCUCUGUCCCAUGUUCAGAUAAUGUCGCUCUGUGCAGCAGCAGACGAGGAGGAAGAGUCACGUUCGACUGACUCGACACUAAGAGAAUAUAUAGAAAUCGAAGGUUCUUUUCCUUCACGAGGUUUUGAUCAGGUGUUGUCGAUUCUUCACGUGAAGCCACGUUCACACUACAGGAUUUUAAAGUCGUCAGAUUCCCUCGGUCGGUUUGCUCAUGGGCUCUGGUCGAGUUAAUUGAGCCUGAGCUGCUUCCUCUCAUCUUCACAACAGUUUCACCUCCUCCACGAUCAGUCGGACCCUCUGUGUCUCUCCUCCUCUGUGUUGUCCCCCCCCCCCCCCCCCCCCUCGUCAGUCAGCCGUGUCGUGUGAACUCAGACCAACAGCAGGUUGUAGUGUGAACUGCUCUGUGAUGUGUUUGAAAGUCGUGUAGUGUGAACUCUGCUUUAACGUUGUGCGUCUUCAGUAGCUCGACCUUUAAGGUCUCAAGUGAACUAGACCUCCACUCUGGAUUAUUCUGUAUAUUGAUGCUUGUAUUGUGUCCAGUGCAUUGACUGUGGACCAGAACACCGCUGACUCCUCUUGGUCUGUCUGAGAACCAGUUGCUGGUUUGCACAGGAGUUUAAAUUCCAGGUUGAAGCUGCACCAGUUGAUUUAUUGAGCUUCCUGUCGAGUGACUCAGUUUGAUGAUGUUUGAUCAAUCACGAGGCUUCCUCCUUUACUGACGCUUCAGGGGCCCAACUGUCAAAUGACAAGCCAAACAGAAACACUAUAGUUCAUAGUAUUAUUUUAAUCAUCUUCAUACAUUCUACAGGUUAAUUACUGAUGUUUAGAAUCGUGUACAGAGGUGAAGAGUCGUGAUGUGUAUUUGUGGAUGCUCCUGUUUUUGUGUAUGAUUUUAAAUGAGGAGUGAUGACAACUGACGUCCCUCAAUAUGACCAACCUGCAGAAAACAUCAGUUAGGGAAGAGGCCUUCAGUGUGUUCUCCAAACACUAAUUACUUCUGACAGACGACUCGUCUGCAGAUGGCAGCAGUGUAGCUUAGACAGGUGUGUGUGCGUGUGUGUGUGUGGGAGAGAGAGAGAACUUUCAUUGAAUUCAUCUUCGGGGUUUAAUAAUAAAAAGUGACCUUUUCAAAUGCAUUAUUUUUAUCUGUACCUCUGUUUGCUUGAGUCACUUCAUUACCUGCUUGUUCUUUUUUUUUAGUUUCAAUAAAUAAACUAUCAAUGAUAAAA